AUGAAGCUUCUAGCUCUGGGUGCGCUUUUUGUGUGCGUGAAUGCCCUUACGCAUCUGAUUCCAGGGGCACAGAUCAUUCCUGUUCAAGAGAAGGCGAAACUGAGAGGCAUCGGUGCUUUUCAUGCGAAACACCCGGACCGUCGUACUGUUACCAUUCGCUCGUCCCAGAGGGAUGAUGACGACGUGUCCAGCGACUUUCUUUGGGGUAUCAAGCAAGCCAAUCACGGAGGUCGACUAUUGCUGGAGAAAGGAAAGACUUAUGUCAUCGGAAAGAAGCUGGACCUGAGUUUCUUGAAUGAUAUCGAAGUUCAACUGGAAGGGGAGAUUAAAUUCACCGAUAACGUCACCUACUGGCAGGCCAACAAUUUCUAUUACUCAUUCCAGAAGUCGAUCACAUUCUGGGUCUGGGGUGGUCAGGAUAUCAAGAUCUUCGGAAAGGGAACUCUCAAUGGAAAUGGACAGCGAUGGUAUAACGAGUUCUCUGGUAACCAAAUUCUGGAUCCAGACAACACUUUCUACCGACCAAUCCUCUUUCUUACGGACAACGCCACGAGAGUCACUGUAGAGGGAAUCACCCAGCUAAACUCACCUUGCUGGACGAACUUCUUCGUCCGCACUAACGACAUCUCGUUUGAUGACGUGUACAUCCAUGCCUCUUCGAACAAUGCUUCCGUCAAGGCAGCAAAUACGGACGGGUUUGACUCGUACAAUGUGGAUGGCUUGAGCGUCACCAAUGCCAUUAUUGAUGUUGGCGAUGAUUGCUUCAGCCCAAAGCCCAACACGAGCAACAUCUUUGUGCAGAACAUGUGGUGCAAUAAUACCCAUGGCGUAAGCAUGGGAAGCAUCGGUCAGUACUCCGGAGAAAUGGAUUUCAUUGAGAAUGCGUAUCUGGAAAACAUCACCCUCUUGAACGGCCAGACCGGUGCUCGAUUGAAAGCUUGGGCAGGUGACGAUGUGGGUUAUGGUAGGAUCAACAACAUCACCUACCGCAAUAUUCAGGUUCAAAACACGGACAAGCCAAUAGUGCUAGAUCAGUGUUAUUUCAAUGUGAAUUCAACGGAGUGUCUAGCUUAUCCCUCAAGGGUGAAUAUAACCAAUAUCAUCUUCGACAAUAUCUGGGGCACCUCGUCAGGAGCUGAAGGCAAGGUCGUUGUGGAUCUGACUUGCUCCCCGAAUGCGGUGUGUACGAAUAUUACGCUGUCAAGAAUUGAUCUCACAUCUCCCGCGGGUUCUCCUCCCGAGUAUAUUUGCGAUGGGAUUGAAGGCGAUGUUGGGAUAAACUGUACGAGUGCCAGUUAG